GUUAGGUCGGCCCUGACCCGUUGACAAGUGACAAGCAAAGAAGUGCCAGCAGGGGGAAACUCACUGGUGUUUGCGAAGGUGCUGGUGACUGGUGACCGUUAUCAUUUCUACGCAGGGGCUGUGUGAACAGCUUCAGUUCAUUGCGUGUGUGUAUAUGUGUUUCUGAACUUGGUGUGUUCAUCAUGGCUUAUACAAACCUCAGCCGAGAUCUACCCGAUAUUGAGUCGUGUAAUACUCUGACGCGUAACUUUGAUGACAUCAAGCACACGACCUUGAGCGAGCGCGGGGCGUUGAGAGAAGCGGCACGUUGUCUAAAAUGCGCGGACGCCCCAUGCCAAAAGAGCUGUCCCACUCAACUGGACAUCAAAUUUUUCAUCGGCUGUAUCGCUAACAAGAACUACUAUGGAGCAGCAAAGACUAUCCUGUCCGACAACCCCCUUGGUCUCACGUGUGGCAUGGUGUGCCCGACCUCUGACCUCUGUGUGGGCGGCUGCAACCUGGAUGCCACAGAAGAAGGACCAAUCAACAUCGGCGGACUGCAGCAGUUUGCCACAGAGGUUUUCAAAGACAUGAGAGUUCCACAAGUUCGAGACCCAAGCUUACCUCCCUUGGAUCAGUUGCCGGACAGCUACAAGGCCAAGGUGGCGCUAGUAGGCUGUGGUCCGGCCAGUAUCAGCUGUGCCACCUUCCUGGCCAGGCUGGGCUACUCGGACGUCACAGUUUAUGAAAAGAAGUCUUACACAGGAGGCCUGAGCUCUUCUGAGAUCCCACAGUACAGGCUGCCGUACAGUGUGGUAGGGUUUGAAGUUGAGCUGAUGAAAGAUCUGGGAGUGCAGAUUGUGACAAACAGAUCUCUGGAUAGAAGCGAUCUUACUGUGCAGUCACUGAGACAACAGGGCUACAAAGCUAUUUUCCUUGGCAUCGGAUUACCCGACGCCAAGAAAAUCGACGUAUUCCGAGAUCUCACUGUGGAGAACGGCUUUUACACAUCCAAAGAGUUUCUUCCCCUUGUGGCUGUGGCAAGUAAACCAGGUUUGUGUAGCUGCAAGACCCAGCAGCUCCCUCCACUGCGUGGCAAUGUGAUAGUUCUGGGUGCAGGAGACACAGCCUUCGACUGUGCUACGUCAGCGCUACGUUGUGGCGCCCGCAGAGUGUUUGUGGUCUUCCGGAAGGGCUUCACCAACAUCCGGGCCGUGCCAGAGGAGAUGGAGCUGGCCAGAGAAGAGAAGUGUGAGUUCCUGCCCUUCCUGUCACCCACAGAAGUGCGUGUGAACAACGGUCGUAUCACGGGCAUGCAGUUUGUGCGCACGGAGCAGACAGAGGAUGGACAGUGGGUGGAGGACAAGGAGCAGAUGGUCACUCUCAAAGCAGACUUUGUUAUCUCUGCCUUUGGCUCAGGACUCACGGAUAGCUCGAUGAAAGAAGCUCUCAGUCCAGUAAAACUCAACACGUGGGGCCUUCCGGAUGUGGACACGACAGACAUGCGCACAAGUGAACCGGAUGUGUUCUGUGGUGGUGACAUGGCUGGGGUGGCACAGACAACAGUGGAAUCGGUCAAUGACGGGAAGGUCGCUGCUUGGUCGAUGCACAGAUUCCUGCAGAGUCAGUUCAACCUCUCAGUACCCCAGGAACCGGCCCUGCCUAACUUCUUCACACCAAUCGACUCCGUGGACGUGUCUGUGGAGGUCUGCGGACUCAAGUUCCCCAACCCAUUCGGCCUUGCUUCAGCUCCACCCACAACCACCAGCCCCAUGAUCAGAAGAGCCUUUGAGGCCGGCUGGGGGUUUGCUCUCACCAAGACUUUUGCGCUGGAUAAGGACAUAGUGACCAAUGUCUCCCCGCGCAUUGUGAGAGGGACAACAAGUGGUCAUCUGUUUGGCCCAUCUCAGGGCGCUUUCCUCAACAUUGAACUGAUCAGCGAGAAGACCGCUGCUUACUGGUGCCGCAGUGUCUUUGAACUCAAGCGGGAUUUCCCAGACAAUAUCCUCAUCGCCAGUAUCAUGUGUGCUUACGACGAGGCUGACUGGACUAAGCUGGCUCAGAUGGCAGAGAACGCAGGUGCUGAUGCUCUGGAGCUCAACUUAUCCUGCCCUCAUGGCAUGGGAGAGAGAGGCAUGGGACUCGCUUGCGGGCAGGAUCCUGAGUUGGUACGGAACAUUUGCGCAUGGGUUCGUGAGGCAGUGAGCAUCCCAUUCUUUGCCAAACUAACACCAAAUGUGACUAGGAUCGUUAGCAUUGCCCAAGCAGCUAAAGAAGGUGGUGCUGACGGUGUGACGGCCACAAACUCCGUGUCGGGAUUGAUGGGGCUUCGAAACGACGGCUCAGCCUGGCCGAGUGUGGGCAAGCAGAAGCUAACCACCUAUGGCGGUGUCACCGGAAACGCCAUUCGACCAAUCGCCUUGCGUGCUGUCACCGCCAUUGCUAAAGCAUUGCCAGGGUUCCCGAUCUUGGCCACAGGUGGUAUCGACUCUGCAGAUGCUGGCCUUCAGUUCCUGCAAGGAGGAGCGUCUGUAUUACAGGUAUGCAGUGCUGUUCAGAACCAGGACUUCACCGUGAUCGAAGACUACCUGAUAGGUCUGAAGACUCUCCUGUACCUGAGGAGUCGUGAUCAGUUCGCCAACUGGGAUGGCCAGAGCAAGCCUGUGGAGAAACAUCAGAAGGGGAAAAUUGUGGUCAGAGUAGGCGACCUCAUCGGCAAGUCUCUGCCAUCUUUUGGCCCCUAUCAAAAACAAAGAGAGACAAUCAUCGCAGGGCUGAAGCAAAAGUUGGAUCUGUUAACGGACGUUGAGAAUGAUGAAGGGAAGAAGACAGAAGGAACUAAGCAGAGUCGAGAGAUUCCUAAGAUACAGGAUCUAAUCGGCGUGGCUGUGCCGGGCAUCACGUCCUACGGAGAACUAGACAACACUGACCAAGUGGUGGCGCUCAUUGAUGAGGAUAUGUGUAUCAACUGCGGCAAGUGUUACAUGACCUGCAACGACUCUGGAUAUCAGGCCAUCUCCUUUGACCCCGAGACACAUUUACCAAAAGUGGACGAAAAGACAUGCACGGGUUGCACACUGUGUGUGUCUGUUUGUCCUAUCGUGGAAUGCAUCCAGAUGGUGCCCAGGUCGGAGCCGUACGUACCACGGAGAGGCAUACCUCUUAACGUCUCUAGCGUGUCCGGAACACCAGCCGUCAUCCUCGAGGCCAACUGAGAAAACAAAACAAGCAGGAUUGGCUGGCUGGAUGAACAUUAUUUUUGUGAAAUGUGAGAUUUUACGGAGUCAGAAGCUGAGUUCACAAGUCCAAGGAAGUUGUAAACAGUCAAAGUUAUGCAAAAAUUGCUGAGCAGUCUAAGUCAAAAUAGGGUUUUGGGGGUGUUUGGGGGGUUUUAAAGAAUUUUUUUAUUUUGAUCCUAGCUCGAAAUGUUGAAAGGUGUGUUUUUAUAGAAGCUAGUCUCAAUGGCAAAAGGAAAAAUCACUGUCUGGAAAAGUGGUGAACAGAAAAGUGAGUAAGGGGAAAGUAGAGCAAGGUGUGUAUUCUCGAGGAUGAUGUUUCUCUUUUCAGAAUUAACAAAACGAUACAAUAAUAUACCUCCUCCCUCAACCCUUCCAUAACGAUACAAUAAUAUACCUCCUCCCUCAACCCUUCCAUAACGAUACAAUAAUAUACCUCCUCCCUCAACCCUUCCAAAACGAUACAAUAAUAUACCUCCUCCCUCAACCCUUCCAAAACGAUACAAUAAUAUACCUCCUCCCUCAACCCUUCCAUGCUAAUGGUAAACAUACAAAUUUAAUAAAUCAUGAUUGUUCUGUGAUUCAGAAAUAGGAGUUUGGUGCACCUGGCUUGAUGAUUGAGAUUACAUGAACAGUGUGAAACUGUUAAAUUCAUCGCAAAUUGUUGAUAAAAGAUGCACCAGAUUCAAACUUAAUCUAAUGAGCUUGAAUAUCUGUAUUACAAUAUCUUCGUCUAGCCUGGAGCUUACAAACAUCUUGUAGCGAAAAGUGUCUGUUUAGAAAAGCCCAUAUUUUUAGAAAAUAUGAUUAAUAAAAAAGGAGCUGUGCUUCUAUUACCGUUUUUUUUAAUGAUCACGAAAGUAAAUUUGAAUGUUUUACACUAUCAUGCUCACUCUAUAUUUAUCCUUAUAAUAUUGCUUCAUCUAUUCCUGUACUUCGAUUAAAGAGAUUUUGUGAACCCUCUUUAUUAAGAGAGGAUGAAGCAAGUCUAAGAGUUGUGAUAUGGGAUUAAUACCUGCAUUUAAGAGACAUCUGCCUGUCUGCUUGUAGUAAAUCAGUAUACAAUCAUGUGUACCUUCAAGAGUAAAAACAGAAGAUGAUAGGAAAAGAUGAAAGAAAAAAGACACGCUUUUUUUUUUUUUUAAAGAACAUUAAAAAUUUCAAGAUAAGCAUUGAAAAACGAAACCAAAAGUCCUGUCACCAAGUAUUCAUCAAAGAAAAAUUAUUUCUAUCAGUUUCCUUCAGAGAAAUAUGGUUGUAUUGCCUUGCUGUACUUAUGCUUUUCUCCUAAAGCUAAACAAAAACAACUUAACAUAU